AUGAAUGUAAACCAGCACACUCCCAUGGCCUCUCCUUAUGGCCAGCCUCAGCCUGGUUAUGGACAGCCCACUUUUGCACCCCUGGACAGUGGGUACCCACCACCCUACGCACCUUACAAUGGCCCUGUGUCAACCUACCAGCCUGGAGUACCACCGCAAGGCUAUUCAUCUUUCACCACCUUCCCUUCUAAGGCUGCGCCUGCCAAUCCAGUCUCAGAGCUUUCUUCUCCUCUUGACCUAGGUCAUGGCAGGGCUCCUCUAAAUUCUGGGCCACCGCCUGUAUCAGCUCCUCAAGCAUACAAUCAAUAUGGUGGUCAUCAUCAGGGCGACAUGCAGAACGGACCCCCGCCUAUGACACAGGCACCCCCGAGGCCCGUUGCAACCCAGUCGUAUAACCAAGGAACAGUCAAUCUGUCAGGGCCUCCCACCUCUUAUCCCCAACACUACGGACCCCCGCCCACAAUGCAGCAUGUCACCAGUCAGAUGGGUGGCAUGCACAUAAACUCUGGGGCGCCAAACGCUGCAGUGCCUGGAUACGCUCCCCCUCACAGCUCCCAGCCUCCCAUCAGUACUUCCUUCUCAGCCGCUCCUCCCGCUUCCUAUACACAAGCAUUGCCCCCUGCUUCGUCUGCACCCACCCAAGCACCACCUUCUGCUUCUCAGCAGUACUACGGAGGAGGUCCCCCACCAAACUCUCAGCCACCAUUCAGUUCUUCUCUGCCUCCUGCUUCCCAACAGCCGUUCACCUCCCCUGCUCCUCCUCCGCCAUCCAAUCAGCAAACCUUUCCUGCUCCUCUUCCUCACACGUAUUCAGCUCCUCCUGCCACUCAAGCUUCCUCCCCGUCAAUGUCGCAGCCUCAUCAGUCCUUCCCCCCAACACAGCCUGCCUGUUCCACCGCCCCUCAAGGCUCCUUUCCUCCAAGAGCACCUCCUCCCACCUCCUCUCAGUAUCCUCCUCCAACAUCAACUCCCUCUAGCCAGUACCCGGGCCCCUUGCCGCCUCAGCAGCAACCCCCUUUCCCUUCUGGUCCCCAUGUUCCCGCACCCCAGAUGCCCCCUACGUCUAUGUGUCAGAGCAACCACUUACCUCCAGGACCACAGGGCCUGUCAGGCCCUCCUGGCACUGUUCCGCUGCAGCAGCAGAUGCCCCCACCCCAGCCUGGCAUGCCGGGAGGGUACCCUCCCCAGCAAAAUGGUGCGUUUGGCCAGGUAAGAGGGCCUCAACCUGGCUACCCGGGCCAUUAUCCUAGCCAACCUAAUUACGGCGCUCCAGCACCCGCACCGGGCCCACCCCCACCUGCACAGAAAAGACUGGACCCGGACGCAAUUCCUAGCCCACAAGCGUCUGACAUGCCGGCCGUGCAGAAAUCAAGACAUAGAAUAGACCCAGACGCUAUUCCCAGCCCAAUCCAAGUAAUCGAGGACGACAAGGCCAAGAGCACAGAGCCUUUCAGCACGGGCGUUAGGGGUCAAGCACCACCAUUGGUAACCACCGACUUUCACGUCAAGGACCAAGGGAAUGCCAGCCCCAGGUUCAUCCGCUGUACAGCUUACAACAUGCCCUGCACAGCUGACAUGGCCAAGCAGUCCCAGGUGCCGUUGGCUGCUGUCAUCAAACCACUCGCAGUCUUGCCACAUGAUGAGACACCUCCACACUUGGUGGACCACGGUGAAGGAGGUCCCAUCCGUUGCAACCGCUGCAAGGCCUACAUGUGCCCCUACAUGCAAUUCAUAGAGGGAGGGCGUCGAUUCCAGUGCGGCUUUUGCUCUUGUGUGACAGAAGUUCCUCCUUAUUACUUCCAGCAUCUGGACCACACUGGGAAGAGAGUGGACUUCUAUGACAGACCGGAGCUCUCGCUAGGAAGCUAUGAGUUUCUGGCUACCGUUGACUACUGUAAAAACAACAAGAUUCCUCAGCCGCCAGCCUUCAUUUUCCUUAUCGACGUGUCCUACAAUGCCAUCAAGAGCGGCAUGGUUGGCAUAGUCUGCCAGGAACUCAAGACACUCAUGGACCGCCUACCUAGAGAGAAUCCAGAAUUGGACUCGGCAGUGAGGGUGGGGUUCGUCACCUAUAACAAGGUGCUCCACUUCUAUAAUGUCAAGUCCAGUCUAGCCCAGCCACAGAUGCUGGUGGUAUCAGAUGUGUCGGAAAUGUUCGUGCCACUAUUGGAUGGCUUCCUUGUCAACGUCGGCGAAAGCCGGCAAGUCAUUGAGAGUUUGCUAGACCACAUCCCAGAGAUGUUUGCAGAUACUCGAGAGACGGAGACAGUUUUUGGACCUGUUAUACAGGCCGGACUAGAGGCGCUUAAGGCAGCAGACUGCGCCGGAAAGCUAUUUGUGUUCCACACCUCACUGCCUAUUGCCGAAUCACCCGGCAAACUCAAAAACAGAGAAGAUAAGAAGCUGAUUGGCACGGAUAAGGAAAAGUCUCUGUUUCAGCCUCAAGUGAGCUUCUACAGCACACUGGCCAAAGAUUGCGUGGCCCAGGGCUGCUGCGUGGACCUCUUCCUCUUCCCCAACCAAUAUGUAGAUGUGGCCACACUUGCAGUGGUCCCUGUCUCCACAGGAGGCUCUGUCUACAAGUAUACUUACUUUCAGGCCCAGUCGGACCAAGAGAGGUUCUUGAAUGACCUGAGGCGAGACGUUCAAAAGCCGAUUGGCUUUGAUGCUGUCAUGAGGGUUCGAACUAGCACAGGAAUUCGAGCAACUGACUUUUUUGGCUCGUUCUUUAUGAGCAACACCACCGACGUGGAGCUAGCCGGGCUGGACUGCGACAAAGCAGUCACGGUGGAGUUCAAGCACGAUGACAAGCUCAGCGAGGACACCGGGGCGCUCAUUCAGUGCGCCGUGUUGUACACCAGCUGUGGCGGCCAAAGGCGCUUGCGUGUCCACAACAUGGCCGUCAAUUGCUGCUCGCAACUUUCUGAUCUUUACCGCAACUGCGAGACGGACACCAUCAUCAACUUCCUCUGCAAAUAUGCGUUCCGCGGCAUUCUUAACAACCCUACAAAGUCAGUGAGGGACACUCUAGUCAACCAGUGUGCUCAGAUCCUGGCCUGCUACCGCAAAAAUUGCGCUAAUCCAUCUUCGGCUGGUCAGUUGAUCCUCCCCGAGUGCAUGAAGCUGCUGCCCGUUUACUUGAACUGCGUGCUUAAAAGUGACGUGCUACUGCCCGCCGCCGAUGUGUCGCUGGACGACCGGGCGUACCUGCGACAACUCAUCAGCUGCAUGGAUGUGUCCGAGACACAUGUCUUCUUCUACCCGCGCCUACUGCCACUGAUGAAGCUGGAGAGUGGCUCGUUGCCAGUUGCUGUGCGGGCGUCGGAGGAGAGGCUGUCCAAAGGUGGUGUGUACCUGCUUGAGACAGGCCUGCAUCUCUUCCUAUGGGUGGGAGCCAAUGUGCAACAGGAGCUGCUGCUCAACAUCUUCGGUACAUCCAGCUUUAGCCAGAUCGACGCAAGCAUGACAUGUCUCCCCAUUUUGGACAAUCCUUUGUCGCAAAGACUCAGAGAAAUGGUGGAGUCCUUCAGAGCGCAGCGGUCACGAUACAUGAAGCUGAUGGUGGUAAAGCAGGAGGACCGCUCGGAACUUAUCUUCCGGCACUUCCUGACGGAGGACAAGAGCGCGAGUGGCGGCGCCUCCUACGUGGACUUCCUGUGUCAUAUGCACAAGGAGAUCCGCCAGCUCCUCAGCUAA